GCAGGAGCAAACGUCCCACUCUCUCUCUUCCCACAGCGAAGGCGCCGUGGGUGUACGCGGAGAGUGCGGGUCGCCGGGAGUUCCCCGCGCGCGGCACCGUCGACGACGACGACGACGACGACGGCGCGCGCCGCGCGACCGCCUGACGUAACGCGACUCCGCGAGUUUCGCGCGCGUAGGCAGAUCGCCGCUGAUUAGCAUCCGCCGCGGCGGAGACUUCGCCUAGUUACCCGCCCACUCCGACACAUCCCCGCGUGUUUACUGCGCGCCCCGCGCUAUAUCGCGCUAAUUGAACCGCUCCUAUUUGCAUUAACGUCGCGCUGAUGACAGAUCCACCUGAUCGGUAUCUGCUACUGCGCCGUACACCCGCAACUGGAUCACGAUGGAGGACGCGAACGAGGUUCUGGUGUGCGCGGCCGAAUUCAUAAAAGAUCGAUUGUACUUCGUAACGUUCAGAACAGCAAUGAAACCAAAAAGUACCCCAAACACACACUACUUCAGUAUUGACAACGAGUUGGUCUACGAGAAUUUUUACUCCGACUUCGGCCCUUUAAACCUGGCCAUGCUGUACAGAUACUGCCAAAAGGUUAAUAAGAAGUUAAAGGGCAUCGCGCUCAGCAAAAAGAAGCUUGUGCAUUACACGACGCUGGACGCCGAGAAGAGGGUCAACGCUGCAUUUCUCAUGGGAAGUUACGCGAUAUUAUACUGCAAGCGUACAGCGCAAGAAGCUUACGAAUGCUUGACCAAGAGUCCGAACAGUCCCCCGUUUAUUAUGUUUCGCGACGCCUCCGUCGGGCCGCCGUGCUAUCAGAUAUCGUUGAGGGACUGUCUAAGUGCUAUAUACAAGUGCCAUCGACUUGGUUUCUUUAAUUUCGAAGAUUUCUGCGUUAAGGAGUACGAACACUUCGAGAGAGUUGAGAACGGGGACUUGAAUUGGAUAGUCCCUGGAAAGUUCAUUGCUUUCUGCGGCCCACAUGCAAGAUCUAAAAUGGAAGAUGGUUAUCCACUCCACGGACCAGAGUGGUAUUUUACGUAUUUCCGCCGUAAUAACGUGACAACAAUUGUGCGGCUUAAUAAGAAAGUCUACGACGCGUCGAGCUUCACCGAUGUCGGCUUCAUUCACAAAGAUCUGUUUUUCAUCGACGGUUCGACGCCGACGGAUGCGAUAAUGCAUCAGUUUCUCAAAAUAGCGGACAACGCGAGCGGCGCGAUCGCUGUACAUUGCAAGGCAGGCCUCGGGAGAACGGGUUCGCUCAUAGGUUGCUACAUUAUGAAGCAUUACCAUUUGACGGCUCACGAAACGAUCGCCUGGAUAAGGAUAUGUAGGCCAGGUUCUGUAAUUGGGCAUCAGCAACAAUGGUUGGAGAGAAAGGAGGCGUAUCUCUGGUCGUUGCUGAAAAGACCGUUUGGAAGUCCGGUACAUGAGUACGGGAUAUACUCGAUGGCCGAUAAACCUAGAGCAGCUUCUUUCCAAGGGGACGUGAAGAGUUUAAUGGAGGAUAAUGUAUCAGGGAUAAUGCAUCGCGUGGACGAAAUAAAGUUGGACGAUCCUGGACCAGUGGCUGGGGCUAGCGCCACGCCUAGAUACGGUACGUUGACUCAGGGUGAUAAAUUGUGCAGAAUCAAAGCCAGAAGAAGAGGGAUGUCGACAGCUCAAACUUCACUUAAUACGAGCACAGGGACAUCUACCGUUGUGCACCCAUAUUUGGGAUCCCUCUUGCAAACCAGAAGUCAAAAAGGAACCAUUACUACUCUAGUGGGAAAUAAAGAAAGAGAUCCCACUAAAAGGCUGCUAUCACGAUCCACCGCAACGACAGUCGUGAAAAGAAACAGUUGGUUGGUCAACAGUAGCUGUGAUCCAUCUUCCUGCCGUAUUAGGUCUAAACCGGCAACACAGAGCCAUAACAUCAACAACAAUACAACUACCACCAAUCCUGUUACAACUUUAACUGUAUCAAAACCAGUGAGAAGGGCGAAACGUACCUCCUGCAUGGCUGCACAGGCCCACGCUACAAACUCGUCUGCCAAUCAUUCAGUACCACAACCGCAACAACGCAUGAAUAUGAUCCUCAGGUCGGCAGACCGAGUUACUCGCUAUUCGCUCAGGCAUGCGCGCACAACAAAAAGUUAUAAAAGUGCAUUUAUCAGAUGACUAACCGAUAUUCCCAGUGGCGUUGGGGAGGACUGUCAGGUAACUGGAGCAUCUCACCAGCGCCGAAGAUCUCAUCGCUUAAACCCCAUCAUUCAGUAAAAAGCACUUCACUCUGAUCUUCAAUCCUUCAACUCGAACGAGUUUUGCCCAGGCUUUUAUAUCAUAAAUCAACGAAGAUCAAACUAUAUCUCAACAAAAUCAUCAACACUGCAUUAUUAAUUAAUAUGGUUUUGUCAUAUCUGCAUCAUGGGAUAUGAAUUUGUUGCAGUGAUAUUUAAUAUAUAGCUUACACGGCUUUUAAUUGUUCUUCCAUAUAUCAAAGUAUUGCGAUGCGUUAGAUGUCUAUAAAAGAAAAGAAAAGGGAAAUCAGACUUCUGUUAAUAUCAUCUUUCCACUUUAACUAUCUGCUGGUCAGAAUAAGCACACUUGUAGAUAUAUAUUUUCAAAAUAAUUUCGACCAUACGUUUAAUUUCUGUUUUCAAUAAUUUUUUCAAUGUUGCCAAAAUAUUAUUUUAACGCUCACGUGUCUUUUCUGCAAAAUUCACUUGAACAUAUAUAUUUUACGGUAACGCAAUCUAAAAGUCACACUCCUUCGUUUAAUUUAAUUCAAUUUAAUUUUUAUACUUAACAAUGUUUUUUACUAUAAAAACAGAAUAGCUUCAAGCAUUAUCUUUUCUCCUGUUAUAACUAUGAUUAAUGUACAAUUCUUAUUUCUUUUAAAAAUAUAUAAAGGAUCAACUUCAAUCCACUGUAUGAUCAAGAAAGGAGUAUAAUGAUAAAUUCUUCGCCUAUGGCCUCAAAAUUAAAAUUUAUUGCACCUUUUGUUAUAUUAAAAUAUAGAAGUUUUUAUAUACACCUAUAUUAUAUACAUAUACAGAUUUUUAUUGUUAUGAAAAAAUUAUUGCGGACCGGAAUUGGAUAGAUUAGCAAGAAAUAAAACUUAUUUAGCAUUAUCGUGAUAUAGAUAAUGUAGUAUGUUAGAGAAGCAUUGUGCUGUAACUUGGUCGGUUUAAAGCAACUGUUAAAGAACUCGGAACACUGUAAUUAUGGCACUUGUUGAAAAUUUACUUUCAUUGCUUUGAGUUUCGACAAACGCAUUAGAUCAAGUGUUGCAAUACCGGUGUAUAUAUUGUAUGUGCAGUUUAUAUAUGAUUCAUGCAACUUAUUUUGCCAGCGAUGUUAUUUAGUAUAUUUCCCGCUAAAUAUAUUCAUUAAGUUAUAGAUCUGUUGAAAAAUCUGGAUAUAUUAAUUUAUAUAUACAUCUCUUAUAUUUAAAUAAAUUAAGUGUAGAUUUUUACAAAUACGCUAUGCGACUUUGUAUUAUUUUUCCUCUUUUUUUUGUAUCAAUUAUAUAUAAUACAUUGAUAACGACAAUUUUAUUAAAGACAGAAUUUUAAUAUGUAAGGAAUAUUAGUCUUCAGGUCUUUUUGUAAACAUAUCGUGAAUACAAUUUAAUUAUGUAAUUUGUACAGACAUUUCCUCCAGCGCAAAACAUAUCAAAAAAUGUGAUGAGAUAAUAAAGACUACGAGUAUAAUAA